GAGGGUGUGUAGCCUGUACUGUAUGUGAGAGCGACGGAGCGCAGUAUUUGUGCGGACUCGAGGCGCAGAGACACUCGGUACCGUGAGAGAAAAAUAAAUACGGAUACCACUGAAGCGGUCAGGGAUCUACAGACACGAAAUCCUCUUCAGCAUCGAGUCGCACGUCUCGUCUGCGACAGGAGCGCGUUUCCUUCAGACCUGCUGCGGUAGACGAUUAAUUUAUAUGGUCCAGCAUCUUGGCAGAGACUGAUUUCUAUAUGUAUAUGCAUUAUUAAGAUAUACCUGCUGCUGUUUGCAUCCUUUGUGUUUGAUUAUUCGUCUAAUUAACUCAUCGAUCAAGGCUUGGUUGACAGUGGCAAUGGUAGUAGUACACAAAUAGCCGCCUUCUCGAGCUGAAGGACUGCAGUGGAGGACGGGUUUCCCAGGGAUACGUUUGGAUUUUUUUUCUUAGCGUAGUAAGGACUCGAUCAGCAUCCACUUGUGUAACGGGGACACUGAACAUGGCCGUAUUUUAUUCUUGACACCUCAGCCCAACGGAGAAGCAUCUCUUCAGGCAUUUUCCAAUCCGAGUUGGGAUCCAGCAUUAUCCGGCUAUGAUGUAGACGCUCACGUCCAUACGGUCAUCAUCAGUGUUCAUUAUUGAGUAUUAAUUAGGAUCAACCCAGGGCCUUCUUGCGAUUUCUGUCAUCAAAAUGCCGGCUGGAAUGAAGCCUCUUGAAAAAUUCUUGAAGAAACAGACCAAUGCACUCACACGGGCGGGUGGUUUUGGGGAGAAGGCCACCGGCACCGGGGCAUCCAGGCGGCGGGCCAGCCUGUCCCGUGUGGUGCCGUUCUUCAGGGAGACGUCUCCCGAGAGCGGCCCGGCGAGGGAGGUGUUCAGCCCGGAGACCGAAGAGGCGCCGUGCUGGCCCUCCGCCACUGCGGACAUCAGGAGUCCGUCGCUGUCCAGCGAUGAGCAGAGCUCAGAGGCGAGUCUGGACACGAACUGGACCCCGCUGCCCGCGGACACUCCAGAGAAUCUAGCGCUGGCGCUGAUGGAUAGUGUGGCGGGAAAGCGGUACGCCAACUGCACAGAAAUACUCCUGGAUGACUUCAUGCUGACACACCCAAUCUUCUUGGCUCCAGACAAGUUCCAGCAGGUCUUGCUUCAGCAAUUCAGCUCAGAGGGUAAGCAGGGUGAGGGCUGGCCCGGCUGGGACGGAGCUGAGCGGAAACUUGCGGUUCUGACUGUGGCCUUCCGCUAUCUGGACACAUACAGAGACUUACUGCAGGAGGAGGGAGAUCGCUCCAACACCUUCCCAAAGGAGCUGUAUUUGUGCGCCGUUCAGGAGCUCAGCCGCUUUCCUGAACUGGUGGAAGACGUCCUGAAGCUUCAGCGCUGGACUGAGAUAUUACACAGCCCAGCCGAGGAGGACAAGGAAAGUCGCAAGAAGCAAGUCCGCCCGCUCUUCCGACACUUCAGACGUAUCGACGCCUGCCUGCAGCCCCGAGAGGCUUUCCGUGGCUCGGACGAGAUUUUCUGCAGGGUUUACACACCAGAUCACUCGUACGUGACCAUUCGGAGCCGGCUUUCAUGCCGGGUCGGAGAAAUCUUGGCACUGGUGAAAGAGAAACUCCAGUAUAGCGAAGACCAGCCCACCCAACCUGCCAACCUCAUACUGGUGGCCGUCACGUCAUCCGGGGAGAAGGCAGUGUUCCGUCCCAGCGACGAGGCCGUUUUCACCACUCUGGGCGUCAACACCCACCUGUUCGCCUGUGAGCCCGCGGAGCUCGAGAGCUUGAUACCGCUCCCUGAGGAGAUCCACUGGUCACCAGGAGACAGCAAACUCCAUGACAUGAGUGCAGAGGAGGUGGCCAAUCAGCUGGUGGUGUUCGACUGGGAACUCUUCAGCUGUGUGCACGAGGUGGAGUUUGUCUGCUACGUGUUUCAUGGGGAACAGGCUCGCUGGCGCCCCCUCAACCUGGAGCUGAUCCUGCAGCGGUGCAGCGAAGUGCAGCACUGGGUCGCCACCGAGAUCCUGCAGUGCCAGUCGCUCCCAAAGAGGAUACAGCUACUGCGCAAGUUCAUAAAGAUUGCAGCCUUAUGUAAACAGCAGCAGGAUCUGCUGUCGUUCCUGGCGCUGGUUCUGGGACUGGACAACCCUGCAGUCAGCCGCCUACGUCUGACCUGGGAAGGCUUGCCAGGAAAGUUCCGGAAACAGUUUCAGCAGUUUGAGAGCAUUGCGGACCCUUCGAGGAACCACAAGUCAUACAGAGACCUUCUAGCAAGCUUGAGAGCCCCACUCAUACCCUUCACUCCACUGCUGCUUAAGGAUCUGACCUUCCUCCAUGAGAGCUGUAAGACUUUCCAUGGGGAGCUGGUUAAUUUUGAAAAGAUGCACAAAGUGGCUGAGAUGGUGCGAAGCAUCAGGCGGUAUAGGAGCACUCAGCUAGCAGUGGAAGCCGAGCCGUCCCCCUCUCACCUCCAGACGAAGGCGUACGUUCGGCAACUGCAGGUCAUCGACAAUCAGAACCUGCUUUUUGAGAUGUCCAGCAAGCUGGAGCCAAAAGACAUGUGAAGGGACCAAGCGUACCUACAAGCCAUAUCUACAAAACCUCUUGCUCCCACCAAUAAACCCACACACCCGACCCUUCAUUCUCCAUUGUCGCAGAUCAACCCAGCUGGGCUGUCAAUCAUCUCAGGCUCCGCCUCCGAAUCAUCGAACGAGGAAAUUUGUUCAUGGAAAUGGUGUGAAUUGUGCUUUGAGUGAUUCUGUGUCAAUGUUAAUUAUGACCACGCGCAGUGGUCCGGAUUCAUUUCAACCGUUUUUUUCUUUUCUCGCUGUUCACAACUGAAGGGAAACCUGUCCUAAAUGCACUGCCAUCAGUUGAACUGAAAAAACCGGAAUAAGCUUAACGUGUACAACUCAUCAUCCGGGCCUUCAGAAACACAGACUGCAUUUUGGCCAUUCAUGACCCUAAAAUACAUGAGACAAUCUGACCUCUUGAACUCUGACCUUUGGUCUUCCCUCCUCCCCGUCAACAUUGGCACUUACUGUGAGCCUGCGCAAUUGGCUGCAGUCAUUAGAUGUUAGUGUUCUGAACAAUAUGGAUCCCCAGCCAUCAAAAAUGAGUCCCGAAUCCAAGACCAGCUCCAACGUACAGGAUAUCAUGUAAAUGAUACAGAAGAAAUUCACUUUAACUAGAUGUUAAAGUGAACUUAUUUGCUGCAAAAAUCGAUUUAUGGAAAUAUUUCUGUCUUGUUUUUUUUUUUUUUUUUUUUCUCUUGAAACAAAAUUGCAUAAAAUAAUAAUAUUUGACAUUUAAUAAAUGUAAUAUAUUUAAUGUAUAUUUUAGGUAUUAAACAUACAAAAUUAUUUUAAGGAUGUUUAGACAGAGAAACAAGACAAAAAUACUCAUAAUUAUUUUUUGCGGUGCAGAAGCCAAAUUUAACGUUGCUGUUAAUUUAUUAAAGAUUAGUAACAGACCAAAAAAAUUGACCAAAUGCAGUAUUUUUUGAAUGGAACCACCUUAAUAUCCAUAGAUUCAUUUGAACUCGAGCUUUACUUGGUCAAGCACUGGUGUUAUGUUAAAGGGCCUGCCGUGAGGUGAUUUCUCAUAAUAACUGGAAAAGUGUUUAUUUGCACCCAAGUUUUCUCCAGAAUGAUCCCAAGCUCUGUACGGGAUGACUUGUCUUGGAUUGGACUCUCUCAGGAUCUCCUGAGGUCAUACAAGGGACGGCCUGUAAGGCUGCGCUGUACAUAUGUCCUGUAAAUAGCAAAAAUAAAUAUGAAUAUGACUCUAUUUUAUGUAAGAGCUAUGAGAUGGACUCUCAAGAAGAAUAUUUGUUUUGUAAAUCUAUGAAAAACAAACGUACGUGUACAGUUUAAAAGGCGACGACCCGGACAGAGUCUGUGGUUUGCGAUGAAAGAAUUGUAUAGCAUAUUCGCUGGUUUUUGUUGUUUCGGUUUGAUAUCAUUUCUUAUCCAUUACAGAUGACUUGUACAUAUCCUCUGUUUUGGUUGCAUAGUUUUUUUUUGCGUUGUCUGUCUCCAAUGGAUGAAUUUGUACAGCAUGUAGGUGGUUUAGUUGGAUUUUGCUGUUUUUAUUUGGUCAAAGUUUCUCAUUUGUUUUUAUUUGAUCUUUUUGAAGCGGGUAUUCUCUUGUUGUUUUUUGGUUUUGUACAGAAGUCCGUGUUUACAGUGCGAUUAUCUGAAACUCAGACAUGUCCAAUGAAAGACACGGAAGGCGGGGCAUGAGACAUUGCUCCGCCUCCUUUUCUUGACAUGAGUCAAAGAUGCAUCUAAAAUAAAGCCUCUUGUGAUGA